GAACUUCAAUCACCAUCUGCUUUCAUUUCCAAUGUCUCAACUAGUAACCUUCCAAAUGCAAAAAUUCCUAUUCAACCUAACUCCCGAUGAGAACCCCUAUCAAGCCGCGGCUCAUUACCUGCAACAUUCACUUCAGCCAUCGUAUCUACCAUUUGGGUGGCUUUGUCUCGAACACAUUAUCGCAUUAGGUUUUUUAAUGUGAGCACCCAACGUUGACUUCACAUGCAGAUCAAAGCUACAAAAGUAUGCUUGACAUCAUCUCUUAUUACUGGUCACAAGAAUGUCUUGUCAAGCUCUUUGGGUACUCUUUAUUCGAUCAAAGACAAAGAAAUUUUAUCACAUAGGUACCAACCAUCUCGGUUUGAUUCAGCUCGAUCGUGCGAACCAUUGUGGCUUGUGCUACUUACUUUACGGCCUCCUCGCAUUGUCAGAUAUCAUAUGUGGGGAUUUGGUAUCAGCUGGUAUAUUGCAGCCGGCAUGGCCCAGUAUGAUUCGUGGUGUGAAAUGUACCGUGACAAUCACCUGUGCAUGGUAAGUUUGUAUGUAUUCAGGCUUGAGCCAUCUAUGAAUCGCUAACCUUAACACAUGUUGCAGUGUGAUCCUAUGGCUGUCCAUCUGUCACUAUAUGUUAAGCCUUGCAACCACGAUGCCCAAACCUCUGAUUUGGGCUCUCAACGGAUUCUUAUUAGCAAUGACUGUUUUGUCACCCAUUCCGAUCCUCUAUUCGUGGUUUCAGAGUACCUUGCAAUACAUCCAAAUGCAAGAUGUGGUCUACCCUGUUGUUAAACAUCUUAUUCGCUUAGCCUCUUCCUAUUCCCCAGCCAACUACCGACCUGUGCGUUUGGCCAAAUCACUCAUUCCGCUCAUGAAGACCACAAAGAACUUUGAUCUUUUGACAUAUUACAUUCGCUGGGGAUUUCUCUCUUACCUAGUUAUCUCUGUAAUCGUUAUUCUGAUAUAUAUCCCUCCGAUUUUUCUUUCGUUUGUACGCAAUCUCAGAAAUCGUGUCAUAGGUGAGACCCUUCGUAGGCAACAUCGGUUAGUGAUGGCAAAUACUCUGCUGGAGUGCUUUAUCAUAGUUUCGUUUAGCAUCUUGACAACCUACGUAUUAACCCUUUUCCCGGCUGGUGAUCCUACGCAUGAUCAAAGGUUCUGGCUGGCUAUUCGAAUUGGUAUGAACGGUGUGAUCUGCAUUUUUGGAAACAUUGCCAUCUUCAUUGUUUUGUUCGAGGUUCGGAAGUCGCAUCUCCCCAAUAAGGCAAUUUCUAAAGUGGAUGUCACUCUCGCGGAAUUUUCAAGUACAUCAGCUAAGGACAAGUUUGAUUGCUGAAUUCACUCACAAGUUUUUCAUUCUAGUUAUGGAACUCUGAGUUAUAUUUUCUCUGCCCACCCGCACCUUCUUUUGUUUUUGGUUUAGCAAUGGUUCUCUCUGAUACCAUUUCAUUACAGUCCAGUACCAUAUGAAUUUAUGGCGGUUAAUUGAUCAAAUUCGUUCACUUUAGGUGUUUAUCUUAGAUGACCUAGGUUUUAUCUCAUCCUUACAUUAAUAUGUCAAUCCACUCAUUCUCUCAUAUAGCUAUCUCUUGGAGUGUGUGUCACUAAUGUGAUGCAGGAGAAAUCACAUGACAUGACAUGUCAUGAAUAUGUAUUUCUUCAAGC